AUGCUGUUCCGAACAUCAGCGCUCUCGAUAGCGGUGUUGAGUAGUGUAUAUCUCUCAAAUGCGCUAUCGAUAUCGACGCCCGACAGUCCUUACAAUAAGAUUCGUGUUCGCCAGGAGGAUGCCGAAAACCCAGACUCGAGUGCUUGCGGCUAUAUCAUCGACAACGUCAAUGCUGGAUACGCUUAUCACUACGCAUACGAUGCAUACGCUUGCCUGACCAGCGUACCUUUCAACACUGAUGUUGCCACUCGCUUCAUCACGUACAUCAACGACACCGUGCAGUUUCAAAGCACUCUUGCAUAUCUCCGGGAACCUCCAGCUGGAUAUCAGCAACCCGCUGUGGAUAUCCUGUCGGAAUUGACACAAAUCCAGAACAACAUCACGGCGCAAGUCUACAAGAACCAAUAUCAGUUCGAGGUUGACGUACAGCAUUUGCUGGAUAGAGCUCAUGAUGGCCACAUGUAUCUGAGAGGCGGUAUCAUGGCGGCUUUCUCCUUCCUCGCGCCGUAUUCCAUCACCGCUGCCUCGCCGGACGGUGCAAGUCUACCGAAGCUUUACCUCACGAACGAUCUCGUACAAAGCAGAGAUGAAGGUGGGACGCCUACCGCAAUCGCUACAAUCAACGAGAUGGAUGCAGUGGAGUACGUCACAAGAUUGGCAAGCAUCAAUGCCGUUGGUGGUAUAGAACCAAAUGCCGACUGGAACCAACUGUUCUACACACCUGCCUCGGCCAUCCAGGGAUUUGGUGGUAUCUGGGACAGUGGCGCACGCUUCUAUCCAGGAGACGAGAUUGCGCUGGUCAUGGAGGACGGUACCGAGUACCUUGAUUACUGGCUCGCGCUCUGGAAGGAGCCGUAUGAGACAGGCCCACUCACCACUGGUGGAGAUCUUUACAACUACUUCGUUCUCAACUUCUUGCCCGCCUCGUAUGACCCGAGCGGGAACUUCUACAACCCAGCAUAUGCUAUUCCCGAAGAUCUCAACACGACUGGACCUGUUGUCGCGCCUACACCUGAUCAGCAGUCUUGGGAUGUCAAAUCCAGCGGAGCAUAUCCCAAUCCUGAUGUUCGACAAGAGGGCCUCGCAGUUCGCAGCGAUGGCAUUGUCUCCGGCUAUUUCCUACCACAGGUCAACGCUGCGACGCUCAGCAUUCCUUCGUUUGCACAAUACUCUGACUCCAUCGGUGACUUUAGCAAUGCCAUAUCAGACUUCAUCAGCAACACAACUAAACAAGGCUUGAAAAGAGUUGUGAUAGACCUCCAGCAAAACACCGGGGGUACCGUAGAGCUUGCCUUUAGCACCUUCAAGAGAUUUUUCCCGAACGUGGAUCCAUACGCAGGAAGCAGGCGCCGAAAUCAUCAUCUCGGAAGCAUUAUCGGCGAAGCAUACACAUCUUACUUCAAUAGUCUUAAUCCUAGCGAUCCUGACUAUAACGACUUCCUCGCUGCUGAAUGGACGGCUACGUCCAAACUCAACGCUAUAACGGGUCAAAACUUCACUAGCUGGGCUGAAUACACAGGACCUGUGCUGGAAAAGAGCGAUUCCUUCUCGCUCACAGAGCGAUACAAUCUUUCGAACUCCGCGUUCACUUCCGCUUUGUUCGAAGGCUGGGUGCCAUCGGGUUAUGCUCCUGAGUAUCCCCUGGACUACACGACUCCACCAUUCGCGGCUGAGGAUAUUGCCAUAGAAAUCGCGGUGCCGCAAUUUACUCCGCCGAUCGAAUCGACUAUGACCUCGCCGUAG